GGAGGCCCAGCUGGCUCCAAGGUUCCCAAGAGCCCAAGGCAGCUGAGAGCCUCCUCCCUCCUCCCUCAGGUAGCGAGAGAGCGAGCUCCUCUGCCCUCUGCACCUACAGGCCUCUCUCCUUCGUUCCUCCUCCACUCCAGGACCGCCGUUUCUCCAUUAUUGACUGCUCGAUCCGUGUGCUACCUAGAGCAGCAAGAGGGAGAAGCAAGCAAGAGGGAGAUCGAUCGAGAUGGCUUUCCUCAACAUGGAGCAGCAGACCUGGGCCUUCACCUUUGGUAUCCUAGGUAACAUAAUCUCACUGAUGGUGUUUCUUUCGCCACUGCCGACGUUCUACCGCGUGUACCGCAAGAAGUCGACGGAGGGUUUCCAGUCGACGCCGUACGUGGUGACGCUCUUCAGCUGCAUGCUGUGGAUCUUCUACGCGCUGCUCAAGUCCGGCGCCGAGCUGCUGGUCACCAUCAACGGCGUCGGCUGCGUCAUCGAGACCGUGUACCUGGGCAUGUACCUGCUGUACGCUCCCAAGGCCGCCCGGGUGCUGACGGCCAAGAUGCUGCUGGGGCUCAACGUCGGCGUCUUCGGCCUCGUCGCGCUCGUCACCAUGGUGCUCUCCAAUGGCGGACUCCGCGUCAAAGUGCUCGGCUGGAUCUGCGUCAGCGUCGCGCUUAGCGUCUUCGCCGCGCCGCUCAGCAUCAUGCGGCAGGUGAUCCGGACCAAGAGCGUGGAGUUCAUGCCCAUCUCGCUCUCCUUCUUCCUGGUGCUCAGCGCCGUGAUCUGGUUCGCGUACGGCGCGCUGAAGAAGGACGUGUUCGUGGCGGCUCCCAACGUGCUGGGCUUCGUCUUCGGCCUCGCGCAGAUGGCGCUGUACAUGGCGUACCGGAACAAGAAGCCCGCCGCGGCGGCGGUGAUCAUGGUGGAGGAGGUGAAGCUGCCGGCGGAGCAGUACGCCAGCAAGGAGGUGGCACCACCCGCCGCGGCGCACGAGGGCAGCAGGGCAAGCUGCGGCGCCGAGGUGCACCCCAUCGACAUCGACACUCUGCCCGUGGCCGACGUCGGCCGCCACCACGACUCGCAGGCCGUCGUGGUCAUCGACGUGGACGUGGAGCCUGCAGCCACCUGCGCCGCCGCGGCGGCAGCAGCAGGAGGAGUUAGAGGUGACGGUGCGGCCGGCGUGGUGACGGCGGGGCCGGAGCAGCCGGCGGCGAUGAAGCCCGUCGACAUGGCCAUUGCCGUGGAGGCCUAGGAUGGUUAAAAGUCUAGUAGCUAGUAGCAGAGUGAGUCGAUAUCGAUCACAGUUCAGUAGUAAAAAAUUUCUCAAGGAAGGGCAAUGGCCUGCUACUACUACGCUACAGCAGCGGCCAGAUGUACUGGCUGCAUGCAUGCAGGCCCGUUGACCUGUCAAGAUGGAAUUGCAUGGAAGUAGCCGGGGACCUAGCUAUUUAGGCGAGUAGCGCCUUGGCACCCACGGGCUAGCCGUACUGGCCUGUGUGAUGAACUGGCUGGAGAUACUAGAGAUUGAGAUGAGAUAAUGCGAGCGAGCGAGCGACAGGGUUAAUUGGUUCAUCAGAUUCAGAACUCAGAAAGACGGCUAGCUGCUAGGCUCUCUGUCUGUCUCUACUAGAUCUCUCUGUGUGUUGUGUGUGUGUGUCUGUAAUCGAUUCCCAUCAGCUUGCUGCCGCCCUGUGUGUCCUACAGUAGUAGUCUGAUGAUUGUUUUCAUUCCAUUCAUGCCGUCACAGUAAUAAACUUGGAAUGGACGAUUCACUCCC